AUGCCCGCCACCACCACGACGGCCAGCGCCGGGCCGCGGCACACCAUAGACCACAUUCUGGGGCUCUCCGGUUCCAGCCCCGCCAGCACAGAAUCGGCAGUGGGCCCAGGUGAACAGCUGACCGCAGCCGCCCCCGCGUCACGUGCGUGCUUAGCCGUGCGCAGUUCCAGCUGCGUGAGUCAGGCGCGCACGCCACUUCCGGAGCCGGGCCGCCCGCAGAAGCGCACGCACUGCCGCCGUGUAAAGCGACCGCCUCGUUUCUAUGUGGCAGCGGGCCCCAAGGUCAGCUUCACGCGCCGGGCGACCUCUCGCCCCCGGCCUCUCGGCAACGGCGGCGGCGCCAGCAAGAAGAAGCACCGCCGCAACAGGACCACCUUCACCACCUACCAGCUGCACGAGCUCGAGCGCGCCUUCGAGAAGUCUCACUACCCGGAUGUCUACAGCCGCGAGGAGCUCGCCAUGAAGGUCAACCUGCCCGAGGUCCGCGUACAGGUGUGGUUCCAGAACCGGCGCGCCAAGUGGCGGCGGCAGGAGAAGAUGGAGGCGGCGCGCCUGGGGCUGGGCGAGCUGCCGGGCGGCUGCGGCGUGCGAGCCGGGGGCGGCGCCGGCGUGGGCGUCGGGGGCGGGCCGAGCCUGGCGCUGCCCGUCGACCCGUGGCUGGCGCCGCCGCUGCUGUCGGCGCUGCCCGGCUUCCUGGCGCACCCGCACACCGGCUACCCCAGCUACCUCACGCCGCCGGAGCCCGCCCCCGCGCCCGCCCCCGCCUCGGCGCCGCGGCCGCCGGACCCGCGCUCCUCGUCCAUCGCCGCGCUGCGCCUCAAGGCCAAGGAGCACGUCGAGUCCAUCUCGAAGGGCCUGCAGAUGGUCUAA